AUGGCGUCGAAGUCCAAGAAUCUGCAGGCCGAGGUAAGGGAGGUGAUUGACGAGGUUCUGGCACAGGCGAAGGGCGAGAUAAAGGACGUGGUGGACGAGGUUCUGGCGCAGACGAAGGUGGAGCUUUUGGCCAGGCUUCAGUCCUUAUUCCAGUCAGCAGACGACGGGCGAUCAGCAGACGUCGCCCAAGAGUAUUCCGGGAGUCCCAAAGCCUCUUACUCCAUUCUGCCUGCUGACUCUGGCCACAGAGAGGAGGCGGCGUCGCAGACAAGGGGGGUAAUACCUUCGCAUGCAGACGCGACGCGGGAAGAGGAGCUUCCGCUUGAAGGUGCAGAGGCAUUGCUGGUUUCGCAUAGCAUGGACAGUACUGACGAUGACGAGGAUUGGAUUGGUUCGAGCAGCGAGCUUUCCACACAGGACUGCCAGAAGUCCAGUGAUGCAAGUAUCCUGCAAGAAUAUGACGGGAACUGGAGCUUCACCCAGGAGUGUGCUCGCCAGGAUAUCAUGCCGGCUGAAUCCAUGAACGGCUAUGUGGCGGAAACCUGCAGCGGGCAUGAGCUAAAACUGCCGGUCGCUGGCGUGCCAGCACAGCAGCAGAGCGAUGAUUCUAGCCAGUUGUUCUGUCCCCAGCUCAUUGUUCAGCAGCC